UCCAGACCAAGAACAGAAAGCGAAAGUGAAAGGGGCUCCUCCUUUCCCUCUUUCUCUGUCUAUAUACAUGAAACAAGAGCCUGCAGCCUCUCCUUUGUAGGACAAGAUGGCCGGGGCAGAGAAGGCUAGCCCUGGCUUCCCCGUGAUAGUGAGAGGGGACUGGGGGGAGCCUUUCUCCAAAAGCCUGAAAUAUAAACUCACCUCCUACUUCCAGAGCGCCAAGAGAUCCGGAGGAGGAGAGUGCAAGAUCCACGUGGAUCCUGGCAGCAAAGUGGAGCAGGUCUUGGUGGAGUUUGCAAAGGAGGAAGGAGUAACCACUGAAUCUUAUUACUUAAUCCUAACUGGAGCAGAUCCAUUGAAUAAAGUGUUGAAUACAUUCAGACAGAGUGUUCUUAGCAAGAAGCUCCAUGAACUUGAAAUGUCAAAAAGAAAGAAACUAAAGCUUACAGUCUCCAUGCUGACAGAGGAAGCAGCUCCCAUUGGGAGUGAACCCGCAAAAGAACCUGAUCCAAUAACAGAUUGCACUGAAGCUAAAGAACCCAAGCUACUUGACAGUCCAGAAAAUGUGACAGAGGAGUUGAUGACUCAGGAGGUCUUCAGCGUGGUAGUAGUGCCAGCUUUGGGGGAGGAAAUCGAGAUGGACAUUAUGGAGUUGUAUUUUGAAAAUAAGAAGCGCUCUGGUGGUGGUCCCAUAAAGUCCUGUGUUAAAGAUGGCCAAAAGUUUAUCAUUACUUUUGAAGAUGAAGCAGAUGCUCAAGACGUUCUGCAAAAAAAGAAUCAUGUACUAAAGAAAAUUGCUCUUCAUGUCAGCAAGUACCAGCCAGAAAUCAUUCAGGAUCAGCCACAAAUGUCUCAAUCACUAGUUGUUGUUGAGCACUUGCAAGAAACCACAGCACAGUGCACACUAAAUCUAUUGGUAGAGAAUGUCAGUGAUUUAUCAGAAGAUGACAAAGAUUUCAGUGUUGAAAUGGUACCUGAGAGGAAUGCUGCUGUAAUCUCUUUUGACAAGUGUGUUGAAAUAGACCAGUUUAUCCAAGCAUUCAACAACUACCAUGUUACUAAGGAUCUCAACAUUUCUGCACGUGUUCUGGAGGUGACUAAAACCAUUCUGGUAGAAAACAUCCCCCCUGGCAUCUCUAGAGAGUACAUUGUUAUCUAUUUUGAAAGCAAGAAGUAUGGAGGUGGUCCUGUAUUGAAUUUCAUCUAUAUUCCUGAAGAGAAUUCUGCUCGGGUUACAUUUCAGAAUGCCGAAGAUGUAACUACCAUCUUGAAACAGAAACAUUUUUUCAACAAUGUGCCAGUUCUUGUUUAUCCAUACUAUGACUCUUUGGACACACCUCUGUAUGGGAAGGAGAGACCACAAAUUAAGAUGCCAAACAUGAGCAGAGUGUCCCUAGAUCCCUAUCACUGGAAAUUUUUACAGCAGAAUGAAUAUUUACUUCAGGAAAUAGGUUGCGAGAUGGCAGGCUGCUAUUGUGAGAUAGAGUGGCCAGCUAGAGACUGCAGCUGUCCAGAAAUUAGAGUGCACCCUUCACCAGCGUUGUUGAAGCAAAAAAGAUCCUUGAUCAAGACCUGGAAUGAAGAUGUUUCCACGCAUCUUACGUUGAUCCUAUCAAAGCAGAAAGUUGUCAAAUGCAAAACAGAUGCUGUUGUGUGGGAAGCCAUAAGAAACAGCAUAAUAGAAAAAGCUGAUAUUCUGAUUCUGCCAGAUAUUCCAAAGGGAAUAAUUGCUUUGGUGGGGACAGUUGAAGCUGUAGAUCGUGCAGAGCAAGAACUGACACUCCUCAUAGCAAAUGCAAUUAGAAAGAUUGAAAGAGAGAGGCAAACAAUAGAGGAAAAUGUGUCAGUUGAUGCUGGAAAGUACACUAUUUUAAGCAAGGCUGGACUGCAGGAGAGGAUCCACUUGAAGUACCCAGACCUAUACAUUGCCUAUGAUGCUUCAAAAAAGUGUGUGAUUCUGCGUGGUGUAGCUGCUGAAGUCUACAAAAUAAAAAGCGACAUCAUUGAAAGUUCAUUCGGUAUGGUCCAGAAGCAUAUUGAUGUUCAUCCUUAUGUUCUUCUUUUCUUGCAACAUGUCAGUAAUGAGCUUCUCUCUCAACUCCUAUUCUGGGACAAGAAUAUUAAUGCCUUAUAUGAGCUCACAAGUGAGAAAGUGCUGCUGAUGGGAGGAACUUCUCAGGAUCUUCUAAGUGCUGAGGACAAAAUUAAGAAAGAUCUGACUUACAAAUGUAUUACACUGGAGGACAACUCAGUCAUCAAAAUGAAAGAGUGGAAGGAAAUGACCCAUAAGGAGUAUAAUUGUUCAAAUGAUACCAUUAUAAUUCAUGAGCUGGAGGAUCAGGUGGUCAUUGCAGGUUAUUUCAAAGCAGUGGCUGAUGCCAACCAGAAACUGUCUGAUUUCAUUGAUGCCAACACGUACAUACAAAAAAGCAUCAGGACUAAGUCUGCUGCAGUCACAAUGUAUGUAGAGCAGGAAAAACAAAAUAAUUGGCUGAACUUGAAGAAACAAGGUGUUAAGAUCCAUUUUGGUACAUCGAAAAAUAGCAAAGAGAUUUCCCUUGAAGGACCCCGAGUAGUAGUGCUGAAGGCACUUGAGGUCUUCCAAAAAAUAUUGUCUUCUCUGCAUGCUAUGAGUGUGGUAGUUGAUCAACCAGGAGCGAAAGCUUUAUUUAAGGAACAAGAACACUUAUAUGUCACAGGUGCAAAGCAACAAUUUAACUGUUUGAUAAGGAUUCAAGAUGACAAAGAUGAUAAUGAAGAGGAGAGUGAGGAUGAAAAAGGCUUUGAAGGGAGGAGGCAGUGCUGUGAAUUUAAAUUAAGAAAUGGCAUUGUAGUAACUGUUCACAGGGGAGACCUGACAUGUUUUGCAGCUGAUGUUGUAGUGAAUGCAUCAAAUGAGGAGCUACAGCACAUUGGUGGCCUUGCAGAUGCACUCCUAAAAGCAGCUGGCCCACAGUUACAAAGUGAGUGCAAUGAUGUAGUGAGGAAGUAUGGAAGUUUGAAACCUGGUCGUGCAAUUAUCACAGCUGCUUGGAACCUACCAUGUAAACAGGUGAUUCAUGCAGUUGGGCCAAGGUGGCAUCAUCUUGAAACAGAAAAAUGUGUGCAACUGUUGAAGAAGGCAGUGAGGGAAUGUUUACAGCUGGCAGAAACAUAUAAUCAUCGUUCAAUAGCUAUCCCUGCAAUAAGUUCAGGAAUUUUUGGAUUCCCACUCAAAGAGUGUGCCCAUUCUAUUGUAUUAGCCAUCAAGGAAACCAUAGAAGAGUCUAGUGAGAAUGGAUCUUUGAAGGAGAUAUGCCUUGUGGGUUUUAAAGAAGAUACUGUUCAGGCAUUCUCUGAUGCCUUGAAUGAAGUAUUUGUGGACAGAACAUCAUUAUCUGAAAUAGACUCUAAAUGGUCUCCUGCCUCCAAAACUAAAAAAAUCACAGCUAAGGGCAAACCAGAACAUCAAGAUGCCAUUAAUGUUGGAGACAUGAAAAUAGUUAUACAGAAAAAAGGAAUUGAAGAUGCAACAACUGAUGUUAUCGUUAACAGUGUUAACAAAGAGCUGCAGCUUAACCAAGGCCCUCUUUCCAAGGCUCUGUUGGGCAGAGCAGGAGCAGGACUCCAGACGGAAUUAACUACAGAAGGCCAAGGCAAAGCCCUUAAAGAGGGCUGUGUGCUGAAAACCAGAGGUUAUGGUCUGGGAUGCUCGUGGGUGCUGCAUACCAUUUUACCUACUUGGAAUCAGGGCCAGAAUUCUGAAGAUAAGAUUGUGGGAGACGUUGUUGAAGAAUGUUUGACAAUCACUGAGAAACUCUCUCUGAAUUCUAUCACAAUCCCCGCAAUUGGAACUGGUAAUUUAGGAUUUCCCAAGACACAUGUUGCUAAACUGAUGUUUGAUCAGGUGUUCAAAUUCAGUCAGAAAAGAAAUCCAAGGUCGCUUCAAGAAGUUCACUUUGUAUUGCAUCCAACUGACACUGGCGCUAUCCAGGCAUUUACUGAUGAAUUAAACAGCAGGUUAAAUUUAAACCAAACAAAUGUGUCAGGCUCCAAGACACUUCCAGAGAUUUCCCAGCAGCAAGGUCAAGCUUUCUUUGGGCAUAUUUCAUCAGCGUCCGGAUUACAUAAAAUGCAAAUUGGCUCACUUGCUCUACAGGUAGAAUGUGGAGAUAUCACCCAAGAGACCACAGAUGCUAUAGUGAACAUAACCAAUGAAGCAUUUAACCUGAGUGUUGGUGUUUCCAAAGCAAUUCUGGAAGGAGCUGGACCAGAGAUGGCAACAGAAUGUGCUCAGCUAGCAUCCCAGCCGCACAAUGACCUCAUAUGCACAAAAGGGGGAAAGCUGAAGUGUAAAAAUGUCAUCCAUCUUGUGGCCAACAAUGAUAUUAAAGCACAAGUUUCCAAAGCUCUUAUGGAGUGUGAACAAAGAAAAUUCAUUUCUGUUGCCUUCCCUGCAAUUGGGACAGGUAAAGCAGGACGGGAUCCAGUUAUAGUGGCCAAUGACAUGAUUGAUGCCAUCAUAGAUUAUGCAAGUAAUACAUCUGCCCCAGUGGUGAAAAACGUUAAGAUAAUCAUUUUCCAGUCACAUUUAUUAAAAGUAUUUUAUGACAGCAUGAAAAGAAAUGAUGUCACAACUGCUAAGCCUGGUGCAAGUGGCUCAAAAUCUAUUUUCUCUACAAUAGCAGAAAUCUUUAACUUCAGAAAACCUGUGAAAGAAAUAAAAAGCAAGCCAACCUUGCUUCUGGGGAAAACCAUAGAGCCAGCCAUUUUUCAGAUUUGUGGUGAUAGCCAGAAAAAUGUGGAAGCUGCAGCAUCUUGGGUGAAAAAUCUGGUUUUAAAGGACCAGAAUGAAAUCAAUUUUUCAGAUGACUGGAUUGCAAACUUUGAAGAAAGUGAAUAUAAGGAACUCGAAGACCUCCAGAGGAAGCUGCAAAUUGAGAUUAAGGUAGAAUUAGAAGCCUCUUCUCCUUCUAUACAUGUUCAUGGCAGAACCAGAGAUGUCUUGACUGCUAGCACUGAAAUCCAGAAAUUAAUCAGAAAAGUCCGAGAUGGUAAAGAAGAGCAGUCCAAGGCAGAUCUUUUGAGCAACCUAGUAGAGUGGCAGUAUGAAGACAAUGGGCAAUACAAGGCCUUUGAUUCUCUGAUCAAUAUGCAAAUAGAAGCUGCAGCACAGCAUCAGAGGCAACUUGAAAUAACCAUACAGAAUAAAUGUUAUAGAGUGGAUCCAAAUCAGCAACAUGCACUGGAUGCCCAAGGUUCAAGAAUUUCUCUUCGUCGUGUUGCAAAAGCGGAAGAUAAUCUGGCAAUGACUCUUCCUGAAGAGUGGGAAGACAUGGGGCAAAUGCGUGUCAAAGUGGUGGACCUAAACCCAGAAAUGAAGGAAUACCUAACUGUCAAGCAGAUGUUUUGUCAGACUUGUAAUUCAUGGACUGUUGAAAAGAUCGAGAGGAUCCAAAAUCCUUACUACUGGCAGGCAUACCAAAUCAAAAAGCAGGAAAUGGAUGCCAAGAAUGGCCAUACAAAUAAUGAGAGGCUCCUUUUUCAUGGAACAGCUAGUACAUCAUUAACCCUCAUAAAUAACUCUGGUUUUAAUCGGAGUUAUGCUGGAAUGCAUGCUGCGGUAUAUGGAAAUGGAACCUAUUUUGCUGUUGAUGCCAGCUAUUCUGCCCAUGAUUGCUAUUCAAAACCUGAUGCAAAUGGGAAAAAAUACAUGUACCUUGCUAGAGUACUUGUUGGAGAAUAUUGUGUUGGAACUCAAGGAUUGGUUGUUCCAAAAGCAAAGAGUGCAACAGAUCCUACAAAUCUGUAUGACAGUGUCACUGAUAAUAAAAAACCACCCUCCAUGUUUGUCAUUUUCAAUGAUAUCCAGGCUUACCCGGAGUAUCUCAUUACUUUUACAAAAUAAACUUUUCUUCCUUCUUUA